AUGACCGACGGCGGCGACCCCGGAGUCUGCGACGAGUGCGUCGAGGCGUGCUGGCUGGCGUGCUGCUGCGCCUUCUUCCUGGACGCCAUCGGCGGCAAGGCGCUCACCCGCGUCGCCUGCGCGAUCGUCGCCUUCGCCGUCCUCGCCGCCGGGGUCACGCUGCUCGCCCGCCACCGCGCCUACCGCCCGCCCCUCGGUGUCACCGUCGAGGACGCCGCCCUCGCCCGCCUCGCCCUCACCGGCCGCAACGCCACGGCCACCGCGCUCGCCUACGACGUCUCGCUCGCCGUCGCCCUGCACAACCACCACUGGCUCCGGCGCGCCCAGCACACCGCGCCGCUCGACGCCGAGCUGCUCUUCGCCGGCGCGCGCUUCGCCCGCGUCGAGCUGGCCGGCAAGGGGGCCGCGGUCCGGGCGGGCAACUCGGAGGCGUACCGCGCCGUCGCGGCGGCCGACAGGGCGGGCGUCGCGCUCGGGAGCGCCGGGGUGGCCGAGUUCGUCAGGGAGAGCACGGCGGGGGUGUUCCGGCUGGAGCUCAAGGUUGUCGGGGAGCUCAGGUACCCGCCGGGCCAACACCUGCAUAGGCUCGACGCGCUCUGCCCGCUCGAGUUGCCUCUCUCAACGGCCACGUCGCCGGCCACCUUCAGAAAGAUACGGUCACUACAGGCGUAUUCGGUGCUCGCAUGGCAUGCCACGUCUGCAUGA